CUGAUAAGAUCUUUUGGAGAGCAGCGGGGAUGUUGUCUGUUUGGGGGUUGUUGCGUGUCUUUUGUCUUUGAAGUUUGAAGGAGCUCGAGAGGAGCGCGGGGACGGCGUUGUGCUGGAGGCACAGCAGAGCCCUUCCUGCAGGUUCUGAACGUCCCCUGGUCCCUUUUUCUCUCCAGCAGAGCAGCGUGGGGAUGGAGCAGCUCCGCUGGGAGCUGUGGGAAUGGCUGCUGUGCUGGGAUGCUCUCCGCAUCCCUCUGCUGCCGGCAGAGCCCCGAUGCUCGGCGCUGAUCCAUCAGCCCGAGGAUGAGGUCAGUUCCCCCGGGGGCAUCCACCAGGCAUGGAGCUUUCUCCAUCCGCUUCCGAGGAGAGGAGGAAGUGCUGGUGUCGGACAAAAGGAGAUGUCCUCUUACCUUGUUCCGCUUCCCAAUGGGUUACCGGGGUGCUGUCAGUGCCUGCUUCCCACUUUGGGGCCGUGCUCUGAUCUGUUGUUCCCCAACGAGGUGAGCUGUGCCAGGAGCGUGCAGGUGGUGCCCAAUCUCAGCCCCAAGCUCCUUCCUGCCACCCUCGCCCUCCAAGCACACAGGAGCUGCUGGGAGCUGCUGACCGUGCACUGCGGGGACCUUCCUGAGCAACAGGAGGGUGGUGAGAAAGGCAGGAAUGGGAAAUCUCUCCUGCAGAUGUGCACAGCGUGGGGCUCCAUGCAAAGUGCCGUACAGCUGUGCUCGUCCCCAUGGCAGCUUCAAAGGGGCUGAGGGUCUGCAUUCAGCCCAUACUUGUGAGCUUGCACUCUGCAGAAGGGCAUCAAAACUGCACCUGAGAGCGGUGGGACCCCCAGUUCCAGCAAACAACACCCUAAAUUGCAGCGUGGAGGGACAGAAGAGUGCUUUCCUUCAAGCAGACUUCAUUAGGAUCGCUAUGUGAACCCGGCUGAUAGGUUAUUUUGGGGGGCUGUGUUUUGCUUUGGACCACUUCCUGCAAUGGCUCGCUUUGAGACUUCAGAUCCAUUUAAAGACAGAGAUUGAGCUCUGGGAUGCUGCAUUCCCAUGGAUGCUCUCUCACAGUACCCAUCCCACAGGGGUCCCAAUGGAGAGCAUCCCCAGCGGUGGGACGAACGGGACGGGGCGGUACCAGGUUUGGGCUGUGAGCAGCAGGAUGAGGAACAGUCCCAUGUGGGGCUUUUUGGGGGGGGUGCCGAGGAAGUGACGCAGCCCCACAGCUCGGUCUCAGGAGGAUUCUCUGCGGGGACGUCCCCAGCACUGCUCAUGUGGCCGGGAGGAAAACCACCACCGUGCACAGGGCUGGGUGCUGCGGUGAUGGGCGACAGAACAGAGAUGUUCCCAUGGUGGGAACAGCUCUGAGCAUCUCUCCAGACCCUAAAAAAUGGGAGCGAGGUGUUGGCAGCUCUCAGCGCCCAGAUCUCUUCCUCUCUGCCGCUCUGCCCUCUUAUCUUCUUCCUCCUCCCAGCCUUGCCCCUUUGCUUUCGGUUCCUCCUGCCCAAAAUACUUCUGGCUGCUGACGGCUGUAACUCUAAAGCACCCGCGUCGUUCUGGCAUCACCCCCAGCGGGGGCUCAGGGACGCUCGUGGCCGUUGUGACCGUGGGGAGAGGCCCCAUGGUUUGGCCCAAGAAAGCCUCAUUUGAUGGUGGGGCUGCUGACUUCAGCCAGCAGCCGGCGCGGAUAAAGGCGGGUUUGUUCCCCUCCUACGCGCAGAGCAGGAUGCGACCCGCGGGGACAGGGCUGCACCCACGCCCGGAGCGCCUCGUCCCGAGGGAAACGGGUUAUUUUUCUUCUUUUUCCCUUUGCAAAAGCUUGCUGCAGCGGCGCCGUUCCCAGCAGCUGGCGUGGGGAUGUUUUCUUAUUUCUUGUGGAGCUUUUUCUCUUCCCGCUUCUGCUCCAUCCCGAGCUCUCCUGCUGGGUGUGACGUCUGGAGAUGGCUUUUGGUGCUUCCUCAGCGAAAGAAAGUUGUGCUGGCCAAAAACCCCGUUGCAAACGGCGUUCCCAGCCCAAUCCUGCACGCACGCACGGAGAUGCGGCGCCCCUCGCAGCAGUGGUGCAGUUCUCAGCUGUCCUCUUCCCCCCUGCCCAGGUCUCAUGGUACCAAGUGACGCGUCCCUCCCGUGAGAUUUGCUCCCCCGAAGCCCCUGAGAAGAUGUCAGGGAUGCAGGCCGUUUGGCCAUCCGGUACAGAAUGUAUCGCCAAGUACAACUUCCACGGUACCGCCGAGCAGGACCUGCCUUUCAGCAAGGGAGACGUCCUCACCAUCGUUGCUGUCACCAAGGACCCCAACUGGUACAAGGCGAAGAACAAGGUGGGCCGGGAGGGCAUCAUCCCUGCCAACUACGUGCAGAAACGGGAAGGAGUGAAGGCUGGCAUCAAGCUCAGCCUCAUGCCGUGGUUCCAUGGGAAGAUCACACGGGAGCAGGCAGAGAGGCUGCUGUACCCACCUGAAACGGGGCUGUUCCUGGUGCGGGAGAGCACCAACUACCCUGGGGACUACACCCUGUGUGUGAGCUGUGAGGGCAAGGUGGAGCACUACCGCAUCAUUUACUCCUCCAGCAAGCUGAGCAUCGACGAGGAGGUCUACUUUGAGAACCUGAUGCAGCUUGUGGAGCAUUACACCACGGAUGCUGACGGUCUCUGCACGCGCCUCAUCAAGCCGAAGGUGAUGGAGGGGACGGUGGCAGCUCAGGACGAGUUCUCCCGCAGUGGCUGGGCCCUCAACAUGAAGGACCUCAAGCUGCUGCAGAUCAUUGGCAAAGGGGAAUUUGGAGAUGUGAUGCUGGGUGAUUACCGGGGGAACAAAGUCGCCGUCAAGUGCAUUAAAAACGACGCCACAGCGCAGGCUUUCCUGGCAGAAGCGUCUGUGAUGACGCAGCUCCGACACAGCAACCUGGUGCAGCUGCUGGGGGUGAUUGUGGAGGAGAAGAGCGGCCUCUACAUUGUCACUGAGUAUAUGGCCAAGGGCAGCCUAGUAGAUUACCUGCGGUCGCGCGGGAGGUCGGUCCUAGGUGCAGACUGCCUGCUCAAGUUUUCCUUAGAUGUCUGUGAAGCCAUGGAGUACCUGGAAGCCAACAACUUUGUCCAUCGGGACCUGGCGGCGAGGAACGUGUUGGUCUCAGAGGACAACAUUGCCAAGGUCAGCGAUUUUGGGCUGACAAAGGAAGCGUCGUCCACUCAGGACACGGGGAAGCUGCCUGUGAAGUGGACGGCACCCGAAGCACUUAGAGAAAAGAAAUUCUCCACCAAAUCGGACGUGUGGAGCUUCGGGAUCCUCCUGUGGGAAAUCUAUUCCUUCGGGCGAGUGCCUUAUCCGAGAAUCCCCCUGAAGGACGUGGUGCCCCGGGUGGAGAAGGGCUACAAGAUGGACGCACCCGACGGCUGCCCAGCCAUCGUCUACGAGGUGAUGAAGAAGUGCUGGACGCUGGACCCAGGGCACCGGCCGUCCUUCCACCAGCUCCGUGAACAGCUAGUGCAUAUCAAAGAGAAGGAGCUCUACCUGUGAGAGGGCUCUGGGGGGCACCUCCACCCCCAGGGGAGGAGCAGGGGGGCUCUCCCAGCCCACACAGCACAGAGGGCCACCCAUGGGAGCGGUCGGAGGGAACCCAACCACAGGGCAGCCCCUCCUGGUCUCUUCCAACCUUCCAAAUCGGUCUUCGUUGGGUUUUGUUUUGUUUGUUUUGUCUCCCAGGCU